AUGAACGGCAUCGAUAUCCUUUGCGAUGCCGCCGGCUCUGACAUGCUGAACCCUCUCUAUUCACCGUCAGAACUGCAGAAACAAUCGGCCCAACUUCUACCCCAACAGCUCGGGAAACGCAAACUGAGCACAUCCGACACCUCUCCCUCUUCGACACAUGUAUGCCAUAUGUGCAAGCGAGUAUACGAGCGAGCCGAUCACUUGACGAGGCAUCUACGCUCUCACGAGAAUGCUCGUCCUUACCAGUGCUCCCGAUGUCCCAAACGAUUCAACAGAGCCGACCUACUCACGCGCCACGAAACAACUCACGACCGGGAUAAUACGGGCAAGGGUAGAACCUUCAUCAGGAGGAGUGAUCGAGCCGCGGAGGCGUGCUUAAACUGCGCCGCUUCCAAGUCAAAAUGCGAGGAUGCCAAGCCAUGCUCUCGCUGUCGCUCCAAGAAUCUACCAUGCGAUGUCCCCUCGAAGCGCACACAUCCUCAUAGAACAUCCAUCGACGGCGCUUCCAGCCCUUCCGAGGCAUCAACGAUGCAUCUGAGUGUCGACCUGAACGGUAGCAUGGACACUGGCUCCAUCUUUACACCCUCCAAAUUGGUUAUGAUGCCACAAAACCCUGAUAUGAGCCAUGAUCUGGACGCAUCCUCCUACAUGGAUGAUGGCUUUUCGAACCCUGUCAUGGACAUGGUGUUGGACGACAUUGCCAACUUCAAUCCAGUACAUACAUAUUUCCAGGACAUGGACUUUUCCUCAUGGGACCUCAACUUCGACGCCAUAACCAUUCCACAACCUGACAUCAAUCAGACUCCAGAAUCUACCACAACAAGCCGGUCCAAGUCUAACGUACGAAACGCGUCAAAAGCACACGCGGCCUUCAAACGAUCGCCUUGGCUCUGGGAACCGGGGCCGAAGGAUUACGCGCUGCAUCACGCAGCCCCGCAGGAUAAGGAGAGCUUGAUCCUUGACGACGGCACCUUUGCUAAUUCUCCCGCUUUCGACAAACUUAUCCAUACGCCGGGCACCAAGCUUAAGAUGACGUCCCUCUCAAGAGACAGUCUGCUGGCCAUGGUGGUGGCUAGCACAGUCCAAAAGGGCGCCCGUACACGUACGCCGUCUUUUCCGUCUUUAGAUCUACUGAACUACCUCGUGCAAGCUCAUUUCAUUCAUGAUGAGCACCAGAGCGAUAGUUGGAUUCAUCUGGCGACGUUCGAUGCUGCUGCUGCGAUUCCGGAACUUCUUGCUGGCAUUCUGUCCAGCGGUGCUACGUACAUCUCCAUUCCUGCGGUGUGGCGGUUCGGCUUUGCCCUCCAUGAAGUGCUCCGGCUUGGACUGGCAGACUUGUUCGAAGGAUCAAACUCUUUUACGCGAGAUCUCGCGGCCCUCCAGGCGUUCAUGCUCAACCUGGAUAUUGGCAUCUGGAGUGGUUUUAAGCGAAAGAUGGAGAUUGCAGAGAGCUUUCUGCAGCCUCCAAUGACCAUGCUGAGACGCUCGGGAAACUUUUCGGCCCCACCAGACUCGGCAGCAUUGAUCCCAACGAUGGCAGACUCGCCCGAGGUUCUGGACUCGAAAUGGCGCAAAUUUGCGAAGCGUGAAUCCUACAAACGCAUUGUUUUGCACAUGUUUUUUCACGACAUCCAGACAUCCAUAGGAUUCUGCAAAAAUCCACUAAUGUCUUACACAGAACUAAGCUUCAGUCUUCCUGCUUCUCGAGAUCUAUGGAGAGCACGAUCCGCAGAGCAGUGGAGGAAUCUGUGUGUUGCCAAAACCAAUGCAGCCCAGGGCCGUAUUAUUCCCCGAGUAUCAGAGGUCAUGCACUGUACCGAGAUUCUGGACGAAUUUGAGCAAUUGGUCGACAUCGAAUUGUGUUACAUGGCCUUACUACAUGGCCACUGGGGUCAAAUAGCGGCGUAUCGCGAAGCUCUCAAGUUCUAUGCCGACGGGCUCUCGAGCAAGAGAAAUGCGACCCACCGCCUCUGGCUCAAAACACAAUAUCAGGAGCUGUACCGAGAUCUAAACGACUUUUCAACUAUGAUUCUCACAUCGAAGCGGCCUACGGCUCAGCUUGCAGUCAUGUCGGAGUUGCUCAUGAUGCUCUUACAUGUUUCUCCCGAUGUUCUGCAGACGUUUGCUGGUAAGUCGGGAGAGGACGAGGCCCGCAAAACUUAUACCAGCCUAGAAGAAAGCUGGGUAAAGACAUCUGAGGCUCGUUACGCGAUAUGGCAUGCUGGUCAAAUCUUCCAUCAUGCUCGUCAGCUUCCACCCGCGUCUCUACGUGAAUUCAACGCCAUCGCCGUGUACUACGCAUGUCUCACGCUUUGGGCAUACGGGUUGCUCUCCUGUUCGGCCUCUAGGCACGGCUCCGAUCAAGAAAUUGGUAAUGGGAUGGGCAGCAACAGGUCUAGCUCUGGUUACACGCUCAUGGAUUCGGAAGAAAACCGGGAAACGAGGGCCUUCCUUCAGCUUGAUCGUGGAAUGCCUGGCCUCACAAUCAAUGGAAACCCUUCCGACGGCGUGGAAUCACUAUCUAACCCUAGUGUGAUCCUCUCCAUUGCUAGAGAUAUAUUUCGGAACAACUUCCCUGUGGUUUCGGAACCUCUACCACCUUUGGUCGAAAGUCUGCGCAGUCUUUUGCAUGAACUUGGGUCGGGUGCGGCAGGACGCCCUUCGCGGGCUGGGAGCUCGGAUGAUCCGUAG